AACAUGUCCACUCUCGACGACAUCUUCGGAUCCUCUCCCCCACCCACAACCCACCACUCCCAUCCCCACCCUUCCAGCAGCACCACCACUACAGAACCCUCCGACCUCCCCUCCCUCCGCCGCCAACACGUCACAGCCGGCUACCGCGACGGCAUUAGCGCCUCCAAAACCUCUCAUGUCCAAGCUGGCUUCGACGCCGGUUUUCCCAUCGGCGCCCAACUCGGCAUGCGCGCCGGUACUAUCCUCGGUAUUCUCGAGGGCGUGCUACGCGGGUACGACGAGAGCCAGAAAGCCGUGGUGAAGAAGCUGCCUUCGGCGGGUGGUCGGAAGGGUGUUACCAGCACCAAUGGCACCGCCACUUCUACUACUACUACUACUACUACUACUCCUACAAUUACCGACGAGGAACGCCAAGCCAAGCGUGCGGAGAUACUAGCGUUGUACCAACAGGCCGUGAAGGAGUUGGAUGUGCGAAAGGUAUUCGAGGGGAUCAGUGAGAGGGAGAUUUCGGAGGGGGAGAAAGCUGAGAUUAGAUUGGGGAGACAGGGUGAGGGGGCGAUAGGGAAGUGGGAGGAGAGAGUGAGGGUGCCGAGGUGGGAGGAGAAUAUGGAUGCGUUGGAGAUGAAGGAU